GCCGCCAGGGGGCGCCGGGGACAGCGGCGGGCCGAGGCCGUCCGGGAGCAUGUGGGGGGCUCGGGCGGCGGGGAGCGCGGCCGUGGCGUGUUGCCGUGCGCUGCACGGUUUCGGGAGACCGCUAGCGAAGAUGCUCCGCAGGAAGAAGAAGAAGUUCUGGUACGACAGCCCUGUGCUGGGACCUGGAAUGAUAUAUGAGCCAACCACGAAAGCUGACCCGGCAAAAACUAGAAGAGGAGAUACCAUACGCUGCAAAGUCUUGAAUGGUCUUAUUCAUAAAGCUGUGGCAGAGAUGAUGAGUAGCUGUGAGAUUAAUAAAGAGGUUUAUGAUCUCAAGCUGGAAAUCUGCAAGGUGUCCCUGGCAUCCAACUUUUCAGCAUGUCGUGUGUACUGGAAUCCUGCUUCUACUACAGCCAGUGAUAAUUAUGUUGAAGGGGUGCUGCGGAAAAGUGCUCCACGUAUCCGGUAUCUUCUGAUGAGUCAACGAAUCCUAGGAAAUAUGCCCCCAGUAGUAUUUGUAAAAGACAAAGCAGCUGCAGCUGUAAAAGAGGUUGAGGAAUUAUUGGCUAUUGCUGAUUUUGGACCUCAAGAAGAAGAAACGUCUCAAAAUAAUUCCAGUGAAUCAUUCUCUUCUGCAACUCAAUCUUCAGACUCACCUAUCCGGUCUAAUCUUUUUGGGAUUGAUCAUGAACUGCUGAAUAAGCAGAUAAAGGAAUACAAAAAACUGAAGCUGUCAAGAAUUACAGAAAGUGUUCCGUGGACGCAAAGCCAGGCGCAGCAGCUGUCUAAGAUUCAAAAGAAAAUGAAAAAGAAGAAAACAAAGACUAUUCCUGACGAUGACAUUACACCACAGAAAUACUUACUGGGCAGAUACGAAGCUGAUUACAUCGACGAUAACGCUGAAUCGAUCUCAGACUGUGAGCUGGAGGAUGAGUUACAGGAGGUGAACGAAUUAGAGGCAAACGAGGGCAAAACUCCAAGUGAGCCUACCGUGAAACUGAAAUGAGGUGGAAGGAGUUGCUCCCUUGGAAAUUGUGAGUGCCAGUGGCACAAAAACGAAUGUCACAGCUACUGAAAGAUUAGUUUUGUACCUCCCGUUCACCACUUCCUCUUUCAGAGCUGCAGGUCUGGCACACAUUCUGUACAACUGCUGGUAUAUUAGAAAAAUGAAAAUGCUGCUUGUGACAAACUGCUGAGCAGCUUUAAAGCAGCUGUAGUUGUAGGAAUUCUAGCCAGAGAGCAGCUUUCUAAUAACAAAACAUACAUUGUGCAGCAGUGUGAGCUAAAUCUUCCUGCAGUUUUGUUAUUUCCAAUAAAAUUAUUGUUUCUAUGCCGAAAUGUUUUUUCAAAAAUAAUCUGGAUCAAAAUAAUCACAGUGUUAUUCUAUCUGUUACUCUUGGGUCAGGAAGAGGGAAGAAAAUGAAAGAGAUUAAAAGACAGUGAAUGUAAGCUCCAAAAUGUUUUUAAAAAUCUUAAGUAUUUAUAAGUUGAAGAAAGAAGCUCAGCCUCUUAAUUGAUAGGAUCAUAGAGUAACAGAAUGGCUUGGUUUGGAAGGAACCUUAAAGAUCCCCUGCUGUGGGCAGAGUUGCCCACCUACUCUAUCCUGGAACACUUCCAGGAGUGGGGCAUUCACAGCUUCUCCAGGCACCGUGUUCCAGUGCCUCUGAGUAAGUAAUUUCUUCCUAACAUCUAAUCUAAUUCUCCCCUUUAAACUUAAAACUGUUCCCUUUGUCCUGUCACCAUCUGACCAUGUAAAAAGUCACAUUCCCUCCUGAUUGUAAGCUCCUUUCAGGCAGCCAAAGGCUAGAGCCUUCUUCAGGCUGCACUAGCCCAGCUCCCUCAGCCUUUUUUCAUAGCAGACAUGCUCCAGCCCUGUUGGUGGCUCCCCUGGACCCACUCCAACAGUUCCACAUCUCUUGGUACUUGCUAAUGAAUUAGUUUUUAUAUUUGGUAAUUUUGGUACUUGUUAAGCGAAUCCUCUUAUAUCUUCUGGUUUCUGCUGUAUAAAAUGAAGGUAUGUACUGACUGCCCAAUAAAGUAAAACAUACAA